AUGGGUGACAACAAGCUGAGCUUCAAAGGUCGCGUGGUUAUUAUUACAGGUGCAGGCGGUGGACUAGGGAGGAUUUACGCUCUUGAAUUCGCGAAAAGGGGAGCCAAAGUUGUCGUGAACGAUCUGGGUGGGUCUCUGGGUGGAGAGGGACAAAACUCGCGGGCAGCAGAUGUAGUUGUUUCGGAAAUUAGUGAGAAAUAUAAGACUGAGGCAGUUGCAAACUAUGAUUCAGUGACAGAAAAUGCUCAAGGGAUUGUUCAAGCAGCGCUGGAUAAUUUCGGUCGCGUUGAUGUCAUAAUUAAUAAUGCUGGAAUCCUCAGAGACUCGAGUUUCGUAAAAAUGAGCAGCUCUGCUUUCGCCUCAGUAGUAGACGUGCAUCUAAAUGGGGCCUACCGCCUGACAAAGGCUGCCUGGCCUUACAUGAAGGAACAGGGUUUUGGAAGGAUAGUCAAUACGUGCUCUCCAGCGGGUCUCUAUGGUAAUUUCGGACAAGCCAAUUACUCUGCAGCAAAAAUGGGCCUUGUCGGGCUUUCAGAGACCUUGGCUAAAGAGGGCUACAAGUAUAAUAUCCGAGUUAACUGUAUUGUGCCAUUAGCGAGAUCGAGGAUGACAGAAAAGGUGGUCCCUCCUCCUAUUUUGAAGCAGCUAUCACCCGAGAAAAUUGCACCACUAGUCGUUUACUUAACCCACGAGAGCACUGAAGUCACCAAUUCUAUUUUCGAGUUAGCUGCUGGCUUUUACAGCCAAAUAAGGUGGGAAAGAUCUUCAGGCCAAAUAUUUAAUCCAGAUGCAGAAAGCUUUACAGCAGAGGCUAUUUUGAACAAGUGGCCCUCUAUAUGUGACUAUAGGGACAAGCCUUUCAAUAAGACCCAACAUCCAACUCAGCUAAGCGAUUAUAACGCCCUCAUCGCGAAGGCCAGAGAUUUGCCCCAAAAUGAACAGGGAUCGCAAUCCAUAAAGUCUUUGAAGGACAAAGUUGUCAUCGUCACAGGGGCAGGAGGAGGGUUAGGCAAAUCGCACGCUUUGAAUUUUGCCAAGUACGGUGCUAGAGUUGUGGUCAAUGACAUCAGGGACCCCGAUUCUGUUGUCUUAGCAAUUGAAAAGGCGUAUGGGAGGGGCCGAGCGAUACCUGACAAACACGACAUUGUUAAAAACCCCAAUGAGGUUGUUGAAACAGCCUUGAAAGCAUUUGGUACUGUUGAUAUCCUUGUCAAUAAUGCAGGCGUUCUGAGGGACAGGAGCUUUGCGAAGAUGACAGAUGAAGAAUGGGACAUCGUACUGAAGGUACACUUGUUCUCAACAUUCGGUCUUUCUAAAGCAGUUUGGCCUGUUUUCCUCAAACAAAAAAGAGGAUGCAUUAUCAAUACUACCUCAACAUCUGGAAUUUAUGGGAAUUUUGGUCAAGCUAAUUAUGCAGCAGCAAAGGCAGCCGUGAUUGGUCUUUCAAAAACUCUUGCGCUUGAAGGUUUGAAGCACAAUAUCAAAGUCAACGUCGUUGCACCUCAUGCGGAGACUGCCAUGACCAAGACUAUCUUUUCUAAGAAAGAGCUAGGAAACCACUUCGACCCAUCCCAGGUUUCUCCCUUCUUCGUUUUGCUAGCUUCUAAGGAACUUGACGCUAAGGCAGGAAAGCCUGUCACUGGCCAGCUGUUUGAAGUGGGGGGCGGAUGGUGCGGCCAAACGCGGUGGCAGAGGAGUAAAGGGGUUGUUAGCUUACAGCCGACGCCAGAGUUUUUACGCGACAAUUGGAGAAAAGUAGUUGACUUUUCGCAGUAUGCGCACCCUAGUUCAGCCCAAGACUCAACAAUGGCAAUCUUACAAAGCGUCGCUCUUGAGUCAAAAUCCGCCUCAUCACUCGCGUCGAAGAAAGACGGUUUCCGGUACAGUGAACGGGAUGUGAUUUUGUACAAUCUAGGUUUAGGGUGUUCGAGCACUGAGCUCAACUAUUGUUAUGAAAACGACCCUAAUUUCCAAGUUCUGCCCACUUUUGCAGUAAUCCCGUUUAUGACCAGCGGCAACAGCAUUAAGUUGGAAUCACUUGUCGAUGAUUUCAAUUACGCUUUUUUGUUGCAUGGUGAGCAGUACAUCAGGCUCAAUAAGUUUCCUGUUCCAACAAAAGGAACAUUAAAAACAAAGGCAGAACCAAUUCAGGUGGAUGACAAAGGCGGCAAAGCUGCUUUAGUUGUCGGAGGGUAUCAAACUGUGAUUGCAGAAACAAACGAGCCUUUAUUUUACAAUGAGGCUUCCUUCUUUAUAAGAGGAGCCCAUGUUCCAGAAGAAAAGCGUUUGAAAGGUAACCGUCCCAAAUUUGCGGUCCAGUCAUUCAAAGCCCCUAGCUCCAAACCAGAUUUUGAGAAGAUAGUUAGCACUGAUCCAAACCAAGCUGCGAUUUACCGGUUAUCUGGUGACCUGAAUCCCCUGCACAUUGAUCCAAACAUGGCAAAGCUUGCAAAGUUUCCAAGGCCCAUAUUGCACGGCCUAUGCACCCUUGGGAUCACGGGGAAGGCUCUUUUCGAAAAAUUCGGCCAAUACAAAGAGUUUAAGGUCCGUUUUACAAAUGCCGUGUACCCAGGCGACCGCUUGAAGAUCCAAGCUUGGAAGCAACAAGAUGGAGUGAUUGUAUUCCAAACAGUUGAUCUGGACCAAAACUAUGUCGUCCUUGAUAAUGCUGCUAUGAAAGUUGUCGGCUCUCAAGCAAAUCUUUAA